AUGAACUCGAUGGUCUGCAUGACCCUCGUCGGUCGCCGACGGCGGGCGUUUCUUGCAGCCCUGCCUCGAACGUCACGGGUGAACGGUAAUCCUAGCGGCGAUCGUCUUAUGACAAACGCCGCCCAGUCAUGCCUGCUCGGUGAGAAGCCUGUCUUUCGCAUGAGAAAGAACUUGAUCGCCUGUCCGGUCCAUCGACGAUCCGUCCAUCGGCCGACCAGCCGGCCGGCCAAACCUCGACUUCAUCGUAUUUAUUCAGGCAUUAUAUGUCGAUCGAUUAUCGAGCCUUCGCCGACAAGGUGGCAGCUUGUUCAUUCUCAAUCUCGGAGCCUCUCCGUCGCGUUCUACGAAAGAGAUGGAAAUGAAGAGGAGGAGGCGUCAGCGACGGCGAAAGAAAUGAAAACCAAAGAGCAGAAGGCAAGGCGAGGCAGCGAAAGGUGA